GGCCGGACUUCCUUGCACUUCGCGGCCUGGCACGGCCAUCUCAUCAUUGUCAGCAUGCUCCUCGAGCGAGGUGCGGAUGUCAACGCGACGGACGUACACCACCACACACCUCUGCAUGAUGCCGCGCAGAAGGGUCAUGCCGAGAUUGCCAAGCUUCUCGUUGACCGAGGUGCCGCGCUCGAAGCCCGUAGCAUGUCUGGAUGGACA